AUGCGUUGGAAGAAUGAGAAUAACACUUGGGUCUUUAGAACUUUCAAGUCUUCAAAGUCUUCAGAACUGUGUCUUCAGAAUCUUCAGCACUUGGUCUUUAGAAUCCUUGUAGAACCUUGGGUCAUCAGAACUUCAAGUCUUCAGAAUCUUCAGAACUUCGUCUAUCAGAAUCUUCAGAACUUAGUCUUUAGAGCCCUUUGUCUUCAGAAACAUAAAUCUUUAGCAUCUGAACUUCAGUUAGAACUUCUAUCUUCAGAUCUUCAGAACCUGGUUUCUUGGACGAGUAUCAGAAUCACAACUUCAGAGCCUUCUGAAACUUUUGCUACUGUUCAUCAGAACUUGUAUAGCUAG